CACAGAGCGUUCUCUUUUCUCCCUAUUGGCCGGCGGGAUCUAUGCCGUGCUAUGAUUGGUCACGUGUGGCACGUAGGAGCGGAUCCCCGCAGCUGAUUGGCUACUGAACGUCUCGGGCGCGAUUUUGCAACGCGGGACAACGUUCCUGUGGGCGCACACAGGUCAGUUCUGACGGCCUGCUGCGGCAAGAGGGAAACUUAUCAUCACCUUCAUAUCUCACUGUAUCUGCGGUGGAUACUUGGUAGCGAACAAACGGAUCCGAGACUUUUUUCCCUUGCUCCCCUUAGGAAAUGAAGGACAUAUUCACUCCAGACUGAACGGCGCACUGGUUAUAACUUUUUUUUCUUUUCUUCUUUUAUCAGUUAGAGUUUUAACGUUUACAGUUUUUAUUUUUAUUUUUUGCUUGCUUCUGCGGAGUAUUGACACCCGCCCUGUACAAUGGCGGACAACAAGCACCCGCACGUUAUUUUCUGCAACGACUCCCCGAAGAGAGUUCUGGUGUCCGUCAUCAAGACCACCCCGAUAAAACCCCGGAAAGCGGAGGCCCUGACACCGACGAGCCCCGGCUUCAGCGACUUCAUGGUCUACCCGUGGAAGUGGGGUGAGAACGCCCACAAUGUGACUCUGAGCCCGGGCUCAGUGAGCGGAGCCUCGUCGCCCACCGGGACCCAGACGGCGACGGACGCGGAGACAUCUCCGACGCCUGAGCAGAUCAGGGAUGGUAUCCGCAGAGGGCGUCCUCGGGCUGACACCGUCCGGGAGCUCAUAAGCGAAGGGGAGACUUCGUCCAGCCGCAUUCGCUGUAACAUCUGCAACCGAGUGUUUCCCAGAGAGAAGUCUCUUCAGGCUCAUAAGAGGACACACACAGGAGAGAGGCCUUAUCUGUGUGACUACCCGAAUUGUGGGAAAGCGUUUGUCCAGAGUGGUCAGCUGAAGACGCACCAGCGGCUGCACACUGGGGAGAAACCCUUUGUCUGCUCUGAGAAAGGAUGUGGCAAUCGGUUCACACAUGCCAAUCGUCACUGUCCCAAGCAUCCUUUCUCCCGCCUGAAGAGAGAGGAACCAAAGGAGGGCCUGGGGAAGGCCCAGUCUGUGGAUAACAAGGCUGUAGCAGAGUGGCUGGCAAAGUACUGGCAAACCCGCGAGCAGCGUGCCCCUACAACCACGAAGGUGAAGCAACAGGGCAAGGCGAGGGCAGAGGACCAGGAGCAGCAGGAUCCAAUGGAGUUUCUCCAGUCUGAUGAAGAAAACGGAGAAGAGGAAGAGGCCAUGGAGGAGGAGAAGGGCAGCCAGAGCGGAGGUGCCGCCAAGCGCCGCCUCCAGGAGCAACGGGAGCGUCUCCAUGGCGCUCUGGCGCUCAUCGAGCUGGCCAACAACCUGUCCGCCUGAACACCCACCUACUUCCCGAUCCCCGGAUUCCCACUCCCUGCUCCUCGUACCUCCAUUCCCAAAAUCGCCUUCCUGCAGUAUGUGCUGUAGCUAGAGUGUUGUUAAAUGCAGAUCAAUGACUAGUUUAGUUUAUUCUAUCAAGUUGUAAAGCCAGACUUUGAGAGAGAGCUGAAUUGGCCUGAGAUCAGUGUUGAGCACAAACAUCAUCUAUCCCCCCACCCACCCCCCACAGCACCAGGAAGGCACAAGCUAAAGCACCUUAUUCAGCUUCCAUUUUAUCCUUUUUAGGCUGCUAUAAUUGUAGAUUUGACAAUAUGAAGAAUGUCUUUCUUUCUCACGUCUUCUGAAGGCAAAGAAAGAGUUAUGUUGUAAUUUGUUUUGUUUGCACUUUGAUGGUAACGAGUUUUUUUUAAAGUAUGCUGUGAGUGUCACAGAGUGUGUAUGAUUGAUGUAUAUAUGGAUUAAGCUCAGAUGGACAGAACGAUACAGGGUGUGGUCAAACACGGGAGGCUGCAUUCCAGCUGUCUGAUGGCCUCUCAUCAUGCUCCCAAGGUUUCAUCUCCAGCAUUGCAAGCACAGUAUUUCGCUGCCACUGACGACAGCAGUGGUGGUUGAAAUGGACUGAGAAAAGCACGCUCAGAGAAGUGUGAAUAGGUUGUAAAGGAGUCGAAAACAAGUCAAGGGAGCUGGAUCAGUCCGGCAUGCAACAUUGUUUUUAUAUGCGAAUGAGAGGUGAUCAUUGCAAGCCUAAUCCAGAGGUCUGGUGAGGCACAAGCCUUCAAAAAAAUCCAAACUUUGACAGCUUUUCUCAUUAUUUAUACACAAUUAUAUCCACAUGACAUUACUAGAGACAUGCAGGAAAGGUCAAAUUCAAUUGACUAUACUGCCAUCUGGAUUUAAGUAUACAACUAAACAUUACAACUAAUACUUAAAAAGCUCCAGAGUACUUUUUAGGACAUGCCAUAUUUCAAUUUUAACAGCUGUUUUUCAUCACAGAUACAAGGAACGUGUUUACAACAUGCAGGUAUAAAGUUGUUUUCCAACUAGACGGGAGAUUUUUUUUUUCAAUGAACGAUGUCCGUCACCUUUUAUAUUAAAAGCUGGCCGACCAGUUACGAUACGGGCAUAGCAUCAUAGUAGUGUGUGGUGCAGCAUCUCACUUAAAAGGGUUAAAUUAUGCGAUAUUUAUUUUACCGUUUUUUUUUUGUUUUGUUUUGUUUUCUAAUUAACAUUAUGUUCAACUAUCUGAGAGCCCUGGAAUCAUUUUGUGUGCAGAUAAAUAUUCUGGCAUCAAGUUUUGAGAAACAAUUUAUCCAUUUUAGAAUAUAAAUUUAAAUAUCCCACUUACUUCGAUUUAAGCACUUAUAGAACCCUUGUUGAGUCUUGGAUUAAGCUUGCAAUGUGCUGAAGAUUAAAUUUGUUGUAGAUGACCAAGAAAAUGGCACCUGUGUUAUUAUAAACUGAUUUGUGUAGUGCUGGUUGUUUGAUUUUGAUUUUGAUUUUUUUCUCCUUUUAUAAAAUAACAACACUACGUUCUUCAACACUGUAGAAAGCCUCUCAUUACUGCCCUGCCUCCGGUUGUCUCGGGGAAGUCUGAUCCGACAACCUGUCUAUCACUCUAGCUGAGAAGUUUGAAUCUGCCUCUUAUUUACAAAUUACCCAUGUGGAGUUUUCGGUGAAACUGGAAGUUCAGAUUUGUUGAUAAUCAAAACACCAAAUGAUUUAUUGUACCCAAUUAUAGUAUAUUUUGAAGCGUUUUCUAACCCUUAGUCUAUUUUGUGGUUCGAGAAGAAAGUAUGGCAUUUAAUAUAUACACAUUAUGUUUGUUAGAAUGUUGAGUGUGCACAAUUUGUGGAGAGCUAUGAAUACCUAGUUUCAGUUUUUCCUGCUAACAAUCCUCCCAACAGUUUUCAUGUUUGUGACAUAUGUAGUGCUUGCUUGAUAGACAUUAUGUUACACAUUUCAAAAGUAAGAUUUCUCUGACAGACUGUCCACACUGUUAUAUAAUUACUGGUCUUCAAUAAACAUUCACUGAACCUGACCCAGA